AUGAACAGACAAGCCAGCAAGACAUCUGGUGGCGGGAGCCAGGGCUUCUCUGGCCGCUCUGCCAUGGUCUCCGGCAGCAGCAAGAUGAGCUGUGUGGCCCGCUCUGGGGGAGCCAGUGGAGGGGCCUGUGGGCUCCACAGUGGAGCAGGUGGCUUUGGCAGUCGCAGCCUGUACAACCUGGGAGGCAACAAGAGUAUCUCCAUCAGCGUGGCAGGUGGUGGCUCCCGGGCUGGUGGCUUUGGUGGAGGGCGGAGCAGCUGUGGCUUUGGAGGUGGUUAUGGAAGUGGCUUUGGGGGAGGUUAUGGAGGUGGCCUUGGUGGUAGCAGAGGAGUGGGAGGUGGAUUUGGCAGAGCUGGUGGGUUUGGCGGAGCUGGUGGGUUUGGUGGAGCUGGUGGGUUUGGUGGAGCUGGUGGGUUUGGUGGACUUGGUGGCCUUGGUGGGCCUGGUGGGCUUGGUGGGCUUGGUGGGCUUGGUGGGCUUAGUGGGCCUGGUGGGCCUGGUGGGCCUGGCAGCUUCCCUGGGGGAAUCCAGGAAGUGACUGUCAACCAGAGCCUCCUGCAGCCCCUCAACGUGGAGAUUGACCCUCAGAUUGGGCAAGUAAAGGCCCAGGAGCGGGAGCAGAUCAAGACCCUCAACAAUAAGUUUGCCUCCUUCAUCGACAAGGUGCGGUUCCUGGAGCAACAGAACAAAGUCCUGGAGACCAAGUGGAACCUGCUCCAGCAGCAGGGCACAAAUUCCAUCACAGGCACCAACAAUCUUGAGCCUCUUUUUGAGAACCACAUCAACUACCUGCGGAGCUAUCUGGAUAACAUCCUUGGGGAGAGAGGGCGCCUGGACUCAGAGCUGAGGAACAUGCAGGACGUGGUGGAGGACUUCAAGAAGAAAUACGAGGAUGAAAUCAAUAAACGGACAGCUGCUGAGAAUGAGUUUGUGACCCUGAAGAAGGAUGUGGAUGCUGCGUAUAUAAACAAGGUGGAGCUUCAGGCCAAGUUCGAUGCCCUGAUGGAUGAGAUCAACUUCUUGAGGACCCUUUAUGAUGCGGAGCUGUCCCAGAUGCAGAGCCAUGUCAGUGACACAUCCGUGGUGCUGUCCAUGGACAACAAUCGCUUCCUGGACCUGGACAGCAUCAUAGCUGAUGUCCGUGCCCAGUAUGAGGACAUUGCCCAGAGGAGCAAGGCUGAGGCUGAGGCCCUGUACCAGACCAAGUUGGGAGAGCUGCAGACCACGGCCGGCAGACACGGGGAUGACCUGAGGAGCACCAAGAGCGAGAUUAUGGAGCUCAACAGGAUGAUGCAGAGGCUGCGGACGGAGAUCGAGAACAUCAAGAAGCAGAAUGCCAACCUGCAGACAGCCAUUGCGGAAGCUGAGCAGCAUGGGGAGAUGGCCCUCAAAGACGCCAAUGCCAAGCUCCAAGAGCUGCAGGCUGCCCUACAGCAGGCCAAGGAUGACCUGGCCCGGCUGCUAAAGGAGUACCAGGAACUGAUGAACGUCAAGUUGGCCCUGGAUGUGGAGAUCGCCACCUACCGCAAGCUGCUGGAGGGCGAGGAGAGCAGGAUGUCUGGAGAGUGCCCGAGUGCCGUCAGCAUCUCCGUGGUCAGCAGCAGCAGCGCCACUACGGCCUCGGCAGGUGGUUACGGCGGUGGCCUCGGCGUGGGAGGCGGUGCGGGCGGCGGCUUUGGCCUGGGCGGCUGCAGCGGGUUUGGCGGCGGCGGCGGCGGCAGCAGCAUUGGGUUCGGCGGCGGCGGCGGAUUUGGCGGCGGCAGUGGGUUCAGCGGCGGCAGCAGCCUUGGCUUUGGCUCUGGCUCCGGCGGUCGCUGUGGAGUCAGCGGCGGAGGCUUCAGCUCUGGCAGCACCCGGGUCGGCAGCGCCAAGUUCUCCCAGUCCUCCCAGCGCUGCUCCAGAUAA